UACCGUGACUAUCAUCCUUCAUAGACAUUUUCGCCGCCUUAGUACAAUGCAGCUUCUUAUGUCUACAGCUCUUGUCCUCCCCCUACUGACCUACCUUGUCUGUGGAGGUAAAUCGUCACACUUUACCAGACGUUUACAGAAAAACCAGGAGACUUAUCCAGACAGUACCACAAACAGCCUGUUAAUUCCUAAUGUAACAUCAAUGCCUAAAUGUGCAGUCCUCUGUCACAGGACCGACUGUGAGGCGUUUGAUUUUGAUUCUGACCGAUCGACAUGUAGAUUUCUUUCCUACAACAGCCAGCCUGGCAAAUCGUUCUUUAUCAAUACUGAUAUUGAAUCUUGUCAUAGUCUGCCAGCAGGAAAUCCUUCCGGUGUUUACAAUAUUAAGAUCAGUCAACAGUUAAAGAAAAGAGUAUUCUGUGAAAUGGAAUCUGCCGGUGGAGGAUGGACUGUCCUACAAAACCGAUUUGACGGGAGCCAGAACUUUAAUUUGAAAUGGGACGACUACAAAAACGGUUUUGGGACACCACACGGGGAAUACUGGAUUGGAAACGAGAAUAUACACUUGUUGACCUCCUCACAACCGUAUACACUUCGUAUAGAGUUAGGUCAGGUAUCUGGCCAACAAGGAUAUGCCGAAUAUGAGAUUUUCACUGUUUCCUCUGAGAAAGAUUUCUACCGUUUGCAGAUAUCUGGAUUUAGCGGAAAUAUUCACAACUCUUUAAAAUACCAUAGCAACUACAAUUUUUCUACACCUGACAGUGAUAAUGAUACUCGCUCAACGGUGAACUGUGCAUCUUAUUUCAGAGGUGGUUGGUGGUUUAGAUCUUGCUAUUUAGUUUUUCUGAAUGGUGUGUAUAGAGCAGAUGGAUCCAGGUCCUUUUCUAUAAACUGGAGAUAUUUCCCUACGAGGAAUAGGAUAGGUCUGAAGUCUUCUAGGAUGUUGAUACGUCCUGUGUGAGUUCAAAGUACGGUGAUGCCCCAGUGUAAGUACAGAGUACGGUGAUGCCCCAGUGUAAGUACAGAGUAUGGUGAUGCCCCAGUAUAAGUACAGAGUAUGGUGAUGCCCCAGUAUAAGUACAGAGUAUGGUGGUGCCCCAGUGUAAGUAUAGAGUAUGGUGAUGCCCCAUUGUAAGUACAGAGUAUGGUGAUGCCCCAGUGUAAGUAUAGAGUAUGGUGAUGCCCCAGUGUAAGUACAGAGUACGGUGAUGCCCCAGUGUAAGUACAGAGUAUGGUGAUGCCCCAGUGUAAGUUCAGAGUAUGGUGAUGCCCCAGUGUAAGUACAGAGUAUGGUGAUGCCCUAGUGUAAGUACAGAGUAUGGUGAUGCCCUGUUGUAAGCUUAGAAUAUUGGAAUGCAUCUAGUAUCAGUAGAGUAUGAUGUUACGAUUAGCCUGAGUAUAUAGUAUCAAAAAUACGUCCAAAAUGAGUACAGAAAAUGGAUGUAUGACAUUUGUGAGUAUAGGUUAUGUUAUACGGUCAAAUUAAUUGAAGUUGGAAUAAUUUUAUAUGGACCUGUAGUAAAAUAAAAUUAUCUUUUCUUUGAUAGACAGGAUAUUGGAUGAGACAGUUAAAGUGUUCUUGUCUCGAUGCAUCUUUAGAAUAGUAGUUGUCGUGUUUACAUAGAGGUAAUGGAGAAAUCAACUACAAUGUCUAAUAAAAUUAAAUAAAUGAAUAAAUAAAUAAUAAAAAUGUGACCAUUAAGGCAAUUGCGAAUGUUCAUAUUAUCACUGAUAUUCUUUUGAUCACCCUUCCAUUUUCUUUAAAAAAAACAAACUGUAUUAGUUUAAAAAAAAAUUCAAUUCUUUUCAUUAAAUUAUUAUUCUUAAAUGUGUAAGAAAGGUUUCCAUUCGUAGUGUGGUCUGGUUCAAUACCAGUCAUAUUGGAUAUUCUAUUCAAGCUAUUCCAACACCAGACAGUACAUGUUGAUAAAAAGAGUUACUGCCCUUUGGCGAGCCUGUGUAAGGAAUAGUGACCUUUUCAUUUAAGCAUUGAUGUCAUUUUUUUUAGUU